AUGCAGUUCUUCAACCUCAUCGUCGUUGCCCUGGCCAGCUUUGCUGCCGCUGCUCCCAACCCAGCUACCCCCGAGGCUGAGGAGGUCAACAUUGAGAAGCGCUGCUCUGGAAACUAUGGACCUUGUGCUUCUCAAGCCGACUGCUGCUCCCCUUACCAGUGCUUCACAAAGGGUGGAUACUGCGUCUAA